CUGAAAAAAACAUACUGAAGCUGUUGGGACUUUCUGUUUUGUACUUCUGCUGUCAGUGUUUGGGGUUAAGAACUUGUUGGAGCAGGUUUUCUUUCUCGUCGAGUCAGUUUUACUAAUUGUGCCGUGUGAAUGUUGGGCUGUGCUUGUUAGGUAUGCCUUUCUACUAUAAUGUGGAGGAGAAGUAUAGUUAGAUAGGAAUGUAUAAUAUUAUUGGUUUAACAGUAAAAAAGAUGAACUCAGCUACGUCAGGGCAUACAUAAAUGCAGUACAUUUGUGAAAGCACCUAACUUCAUAACGUGUGAUACAGCCGCUCUCAUCUGCACAAUUGUGUGUUGUAAGUGUUUUUCUCUGGUGUCACAUACCUCUGUUCAGGAGGAAAACAUUUUAACAGCCAGGGGGAGGGGAAAACAAGAGCUCCAACACUGAAAUGAUCCAGGCAUCAUUCAACAUCCCAAGUUCCAGAUAAAUUUCUAUUUAAAGUACGAGGUUGACCGCAAGAAAAGACAUGAGGGCGCAAACUUUCCCAAGGGCGCAAAUUCUGCAGGAGUUAACUUUGCGAUGCCAGGCACUCGCAGCCAAUGACAACAGGGGCUUUAAACAGGAGUUUGAGGAGCUAGAUGAAGUUGGCAAAAACCUCCCCACCCGAGCAGGGGACUCAGAGGCCAACAGAGAAAAGAACAGAUACCCCUACAUACUGCCAUAUGACCAUUGUCGCGUCAGGCUGUCAGUCCAAAACUCCCAACCACACACUGACUACAUCAACGCAAAUUUUGUGCCUGGUGGAGGAUCAGAAAGAGACUUCAUCUGCACCCAGGGUCCUUUGCACAACACCAUGGCUGACUUCUGGAGGAUGGUGUGGGAGCAAAACGUCAGGAUAAUCGUCAUGGUGACAGCUCUGAGACACAAGGACAUGGUGCUGUGUGAUAGGUAUUGGCCUCUGGAACGAGGCACAGUUAAUCAUGGACUGAUCCAAGUGAUGACAGUGACCUGCAAACAAGGUCCAGACUAUUUUAUCACCACCAUUAACCUCAGACAGAGAGCUUGUUCAACAGUCAGGAUCAUCACACAGUACUACUACCCUGCCUGGCCGGACCGGGGCGUCCCUAAAGACUCAUCCUCACUCUGUGCCUUCACUGAGCAUGUGCGGCAGGAAUUGGAAGCUAUUCCACAACUGGGGCCGGCUGUGGUGCACUGCAGUGCAGGUGUUGGGCGUUCAGGGACAUUUGUGACGUUGUUGUGGCUGAUGCAGCUGUGUGCGAGGGGCAUCCGGCCUGAUAUCCGGGCUGCUGUGGAGGAUCUACGGCUACAUCGAAUGUGGAUGGUCCAAAAUCUGGAGCAGUACAUAUUUGUUCAUCAGUGUCUGCUACACUGGCUCCGUGGAGGAACCUCAGCACGCAGGCCACCAGUUCAGGGAGCCAGUUCAAAAAUGAACCACCACAGUCAAGAUCAACCGCACAGCUCCCUGGGCCAUUCAGGGAGGAGACAUCGCCAUCGUCAGCACACAGUUACAUCAGCCCAACCACAGAACACAUUGCAGCAGAUUUUGAACCCUGGAAUGCUACUGAGGAAGUUACUGCCUUCCUCAUCACCGUUUAAUCCAGGCUCACAUGCUUCCUGAACUUACAAACUGUAAAGCUGAGAAUACAGAAACAGUCAAGACAAAAAAUAUUAUGCAUGUCCUCAUACAGCACCUAAGGUAGGACACUGUAGAAAUAAUGCUGUGUGCACUGUAUGACAUGUCCUGCAGGUGAAAAAGUGGUUGGACAUGCACAUACAUGCUGGUGAAGAAACCUGAGACAAAGCAGAAAAAUUAAGGAAGUACCCUGCCAGUCAGGUCAAACCUGUUCCUUUACUAUGAAUCACUUACCUUUGAGAUUUAUGAGAACAAGGUGCUGCUCCCUUUGCAUACAGAUACAUACUGAGGGUGUACAUUUUUUCUUUGUUUGCCUCCACUAUUGAUGAAGUGAUGCUGCUAGAUGACUUUUAUUUAGUUUUUCUUUGUGUGAAAAUCAUUGUGAAUCAUUUAAUAUCACACACUUCUAAGGAUGCAUGUGCAGAAUUGAUAGCAUACUUGCUAGAAAGGCCAACACAUGGUAUAGUGGCUGUACAAAAAAGGUCAUGUUUCAAAAACACACAGGCACUGCCAUUCUCCUUAAAUGACUGAAACCCAUUACAGUACAUGAAGGAGCUAUGAGUUUUAUACAUUAUAGAACAUAAAGGGCUAACCCCA